UGAGCUUGCAUGCACAGCUGAUAAUAGCUUUGAUCUGGCCGUCCGUCACAGCAUCUUGUGAUCCAGAAUUCACACCACUAUCAGCUAUCUUGUUAACGUCACUGGCAGUAAGAUGACUAUGGCUGCAACUACCACUGCUGUCGUUGCUUUCAGUGGAAUGACUGGGAAUUCAUCCACAGUAAACUUCCUAAGCUCUACUACAGCACCCAUCACCAAUAUCACCUCUGUGACCGGAAUAGAUUACUACUCUUACUCUGACUACCCUGAAGAAGGCUUCGGGUUGUGUACGUAUGAGCGACAUGCGGCCACUUUUCUGCCACCCCUCUAUGCCAUUUUCUUCAUCCUGGGUCUUCUGGGUAAUUCUCUGGUCAUCUGGGUCAUUACUUGUGGGGUGCGACUCCGCAGCAUGACAGAUGUGUGCCUCCUAAAUUUGGCUGUUGCUGACCUCCUCUUGGUGUGUACCCUUCCCUUCCUAGCCCACCAAGCCCGGGACCAGUGGCGAUUUGGGGAUGGGAUGUGCAAAGUAGUCCUGGGUAUUUAUUACAUUGUGUUUUACUGUGGGAUCUUUUUCAUCAGUCUAAUGAGCAUCGACCGGUACCUUGCUAUAGUCCAGGCUGUUUACGCCCUGAGGGUACGGACGAGGUCCUUUGGAAUGAUUGCAGCUGCUGUCACUUGGAUUGUUGGAUUCUUUGCUUCUUUCCCUGACAUGAUCUUUCUCAAACAGCAGUCUUUCAAUAAUUCUACGUUCUGCUCCCCUGAAUAUCACACAGUUAACGCCCCUGCAUUCAACUCUCACUUCUGGAGGGUCUUCAGCCUUUUUAAAAUGAACAUUUUGGGUCUGUUUGUCCCGAUUGUCAUCAUGAUUGUCUGCUACUCACAGAUUGUGUGGAGGCUGCUGUAUAGCCAGUCAUCCAAGAAACAGGCCAUCCGUUUAGUUUUCAUAGUAGUUGCUGUUUUCUUCUGCUGCUGGGUCCCCUACAAUGUGGCAUCGUUUUUUAAAGCGCUGGAGCUAUUGGACAUCUAUACAUCAUGCGAAAGCAGCAAAGCCAUCACAUUGGCUUUACAAGUGACUGAGGCCAUUGCCUACUCUCACUGCUGCCUCAACCCCAUCCUGUACGUGUUUGUAGGGGAGAAGUUUAGGAAGCAUCUGCUGCGGUUGAUAAACAGAACUCCUUGCAGGCUGUGUCAGAUGGUCAAGGUCUGCAUACCUCAGGACAGAAUCUCAACAUCAGUCUACUCACAGACCUCCAGUCUGGACGAGAGGAGCACUGCUGUGUGAUGCGUGUUUCGGUCUGUGUGGUUGUUUCCAAGAUGAGGUCAUUUUUCUUGUGAAGUCAGAAAGAGGUAAUUCUGGCUAAUGCUCACUUAUAGACUAUUUUAGGACGUCAGUUUACUUAAGAUUACAGUUGGGUUGCGGGUAAACGCAUGCUAUGUAAAAUUUAUCGCUUACUGUUCCUAAACACAACAUUCAGACUUGGCCUCUCUUUCUUUAGCUCAAUCAGACUGAUGCCCUUUUCCACCAUGCACACAGCUCUGCAGCAGUAUGCCUGUCUGUUUUUUUUUUCUGAUGUGUUAUGUUUGACGUCACAAACAGACCAUAAAACAGGUUAGUAAACAAUAGAAAGCAGGAUGGAGGCCAGUGAAGAUGUUAAAGGUGGUUACCUGUUCUUUAUAUGUCUUACUUACUCAGUCUCUUCAAACUCAGUGCAGACCAAGACCAGUGCAGACUAAAGUUUAAAUGAUGUUUGAGCGCUGCUUGGAUGGAGAUGGCCAGCCAUUGCAUCUUUCCCGCAAAGGGGCUAAAAUUAGCAUGCCAAUCUGGGUGUCAGGUGUCUACUGCAUCAGAGCUGGAGCUGAUAAAUACCUGUGACUACUUCAGAGUCAUUUGUCCCCCAUGAGUGAAUGCCGAUCGUAACCUUUCCAACACAAAAGCCACAUGUUAGUGGGUGUUAGUGGAUUUUUGUCCAGUGGGAAAGGGGCUUAAUCAGAGAAAUAAAAGAUUAUUUAGAUUUAUUUUUAAGUGUUCUAAAGCACAAAUAAGCAUGCCCACACCUCCACACAACCCUACCUAAGGUGCUGCAUUGCUGGAUUUUGUCUGAAUUCAGCCUAAACGCAUGUUUCAUUGCAUCCACUUCUAUGUGUGUGUGUGUGUGUGUGUGUGUGUGUGUGUGUGCACGCGGUGUGUGUGUAUCAAAAAGAUGCACAAACCUGCCGUUCACAUCCACAGAGCAGAGGAGAGAGACGGGGACAGUGAUGUAACCUGGUCACUAAGCUUUUUCUUAAAAGUCCUGACCUUGCGUUGCUUUUAGCUGGGGGCUACGCACCACGUCCGAAAAGUUUACACCCACAAACAUCCAAAACAAACCAAAGUACUAAAAAAAUACAGGCAAAGGGCAGGUUCUCUGUAGAUACAGACACCGCCCCACACUUCUAGUGGGUCAUAGGUGAUGACUGAGGGCAGUUCCUUUUGUAUGAAUCUAUGCAUUGCUUUUUUAGGAAGGUCAUGUAUAAUAUACUUCUAAUGAUAGGGUACAUUUUAGGUCUUGGAAGGGGAACUAGGUUAGCUAGUGAGUGGUUAUUAAUAAUAUAGGGAAGUACAUGUGACUGUGUGUUAGCUUGAGCGACAUGAGGUUUAUGGUCUCAUGAUGUUGUCAUAUUAUACUUUUAUAAGUUCCAUAGACAUACAAAUGUAUAAUGGAAUUGUACUGUAAAUAUGCUUUUAGAUAUAUAGAGAGAUAUUGUUUAUGAAUUACAUGUAGUUUUCCCUGAUUAAUAAUGCUACUGGCAGAAACUGAAUAAGAAACUGUGUCAACUACACCAGCUGUCAACGUCAGCAUCAGAAGCCCCAGUAACCUCAUUUCAUAUCAGCUGCCAAAAGAAACAACAGACGCACAGUGCUGCAACAAUCCAGAGGCAGACUCGGUUACUCACCAUUUCCUUGCAUUCAAUCAGAGCAAACACCAUUAAGUAAGAGGGGGGAAACAAAUAUUAACUUUGAUUGAUGAUGACCACUCUUACAAGUGCAUCGGUUUUGUGUGUAUCAGAGUGUUGCACAGCAAAAAGUCCCUGGUGCAGCUGGAAACACUUAUUGCAAGUUUCAUAGCAUAUGUACCGGUAGAUUUGCACCUAACCUCAACCUAGAGAAAACCACAACCUGACAAAGAGAGGAAGUGUAUAACCAAGCUGUCAGUUUAACCUUUGCAGUGUCUGUGCACAGCAGAGCAUUUCCCUGUCAAAUUUUGAAAAUGUCUCUGCAAAAUUUCUACUGAUAUUAAUCAGCAUUUCACAAAAGAAAACAGAUUAUUUUCAAAUCAUUACACUCUAUACUCUGUCAUGCAGACUGAAUAGGCAUCCCAUCCAGUCAAUUUACACUUAAAGUUUUUCAUUAGACUUUUUUCCCAGUGGCUCCCUCCUUCUGAGCUUGUUCCUCCAAUCACAAGGCUUCUUUAUAUACUGUACUGUUGUUGCUGGUUGAGCUGUUCAGCAUUUUUUUAAUAAAACAGAUUUUAUGUUAGUAUUCAAUAUCUCCUACUUUUUUUCUGUCAGACACUCUUUUUGUUGUUUUGUUUCCCAUAAAAAACAGCAAGAUUUAUUAAUAUUAUUAUUAUUAUUGUUAUUAUUAUUAUUAUGCACUCUUAAAUAUGUGGGUAUCUCAAUAUCGAAUGUUAAAAAUAAUAUAAGCAGCAGAGGCUGAUAUUGUCUGGGUAGUAAGGAUUGGUAGGAUGAACAUAAAGUCAUUUUGUUCUAAAUAGUUGAAGUUAUGAGUGACACUGGUUGGGUUGUAAAUUUAAAAAGAAUAUAUUGUUUAUAUAUUGUUGUAUGUUUGUUAAAUAUUGAGUAAAUUGAGAGUUUGAGAUAUGGAGAAGGGGUAGGACAAAUACAUGUAUACUUCCUGCUCCUUUUUGGACAUGUAAAUAUUUAAUAUUGUCAUUUAUGAGAAUUUGUAUAUUGAGAAUUUCCAAAAAAAUCCAUAAAGACCAAAUCCUACACUUCCCACGAUGCAACUAGAUAGUGUCUGUCCUUACACCCUCUCAGCCUAGUUAGUGCUCAUGUCUGUCAGGCUUCUGUUAUGAAUGUGUAGUCUUGAGGCCCAAACUGAGAUACUGCACUGACAUCACCAUGACAUCAUUGGGGGUGAUAUACGCAGACAUUCAGCACCUUUAGAGGGGGAGUCAUGUGGUUAUGCAACAUCCGGGGUUUGAUUCAAGCUGGGGACAUUUGUUGUAUGUCAUCUCUCCGUGCAUUUCCUGCAUUUCGGUACUGCAGCUCUACCAUUGGUAAGCAUAAUAGCAAAAUGUCUCCAAAAUAUAAAGGAGAACUAACUCUCACCAGUUAACUGACAUCAGUGUCAGCUGAAAAGUACAGCUUCUCAUAAAUGACAGUAGCACUCAGGUUUUAAACCAAGUGGCCCCUGAAUGCAACUGCAGACAGACCAUAUUUCAACAUUUUCAUUUGCUGUAUUACAUCAUGUUAUUUCCUGUACUGGUAUUAUCAGUGGUAUCAUUGUAUCUUUACUGAUGUAUUUUUAUAAUGUCUUUGUUUCUAUUAUACUCCGUUUUAUAAAGAGAAGCAUUAUACUGCGAGCAUUUCCUCUUGUUGUUGAUGUUUUUGUCACAGUGACCAUGUUCAUACAUGCAGACUGAAUGUGCCAACACAAGCAAAUAUUUUUGUAGUGCUGAUUUUAUGCUCAAUAUUUAUGUAUCAUAUUUUUGUAUUCUAUUUUCAAUAAAAUUAUAUUGUGAAAAUACCA